GUGACGUCACGUUUUGCGACUACACAAAUUAACAUUGUCCUUUAAACUUUUCUUCUGUGAUCCUGGAAAGAUAGGCAAUAAAAAUGUCAGCAGACCCACCGAGAAAAGCGUAUAAAUAUACUUGCAGCAUGAUUCGACCGCAAAUAUACAGUGAGAAGUCUUUAAUGGAAAGUGUGGUGGAUUUUUUCUCUGAUGUUGUACCACAGGCUUAUACAGGAACACAGAAGAAUGAAGACCGGGAGAAGAUACAGUGGGUCAGAUUUGAAAACUGUGACUGUAAUGAUAUUGCCAAGAACCCGGACAUGUUUAGGUCAGAUACUAAAGGUCUGCCUCUACUUCUUAUUCUGGGAUACAGUAACGGUGUACAGAUAUGGCAUAUAACACCAAAUGGAGAAGCACAAGAGGUUUUAUCUAUGAGACAGGGACCUGUUAGAAUAUGUAGGAUUUUACCCAACCCUGAUCCAGUGUUGGGAAACAGUGACAGUUACAGUUAUAAGAGACCACUGAUUGUUAUGUGUGACUCCUCCAGUGCUGGACAGCCAUACUGUGGUGUAAAAUUUGUAUCAUUAAAGACUGGAGAUGAAGUGCACAGCAUUAGCUAUAAAACAUUGCCUGUACAGAAUAUAGAGUGUAAUAAAAGGUUCCUGGUGAUUGUAUUCCUGGAGAAAGUGUGCGUAUAUGAAGCCUGUCAAUUUCAACAGCUGUUCUGGAUCACAAGUUGCUUUCCAUGUCCUGGUCCCACUUCGAACCCGAUAGCACUGUCGGCACGAUGGUUGGCAUAUGCUGAUAAAAGGUUGGUUGCUAUGCACCAGUCGUGUGGUGGUAUGUCAGGGGACGGAUCACAGUCGUAUGCUGCCACAGUAAUCAGUGCUGCUAAGGGAGCAUUUAAAGGUCUUUCAAUGUUUGGAGAAGCAAUGGUGAGCUCUGUGACAGGAUGUAAACCGACAGCGGUGAAACGAGACUGUGUGCAGCUCGAUAAUGGAAACCGGCCUGGUAUAGUCACGGUGGUGGACAUUCAAAAUAUACAUAAUGACCAUUUCAAUGUGAAUGAAGACAAUGAAGGAGAUGGUUUGAUUGCUCAUUUUCAUGCCCAUGCUAAUGAGCCGGUAUCCAAUAUGGCAUUUGAUCCCACUGGUACUCUGCUUGUGACAGCCUGUAAGCUGGGACACAAUUUCCAUGUGUUCCGGCUCAUGGCACAUCCAGUGAGCUCUUCUCUUGGAGCAGUGCAUCAUCUUUAUACAUUACAUAGAGGGGAAACAACUGCAAAGGUGAUUGACAUAAGUUUUAACCAUGACAGUAGAUGGAUUACAGUGAGCUCUCAUAGGGGGACCACUCACCUUUUUCCUAUAACACCAUAUGGGGGACCAGUGAACAUUCGGACACACUGUAAACCUCAUGUUGUGAACAGAGCCAGUAGGUUCCACAGAAGUGCAGGUCUAGAUGAGUUUGACCACAGUGUUGGUAGAAGAAGUCCAGUGUUGUCAACCAGUCCAAGUUCAUCAGGUCAAUAUGACAGAUAUCCAACCCUGAUACAGCAAAAUACACUAAACAACAACAUGGGCAAUCCUCGUCUACCCCCGUAUCCCCACCCCAUCACCAUCUACCCAGCAUUUCAAGUAAAACAGCCGCUAAAUGUUGCCCUGAACCCAGGAAACAAGAAUCAGAGCCCCAGUCACAGCCCUACAGGGUUUGACAAUGUUUACUGUGUUUGUGCGAAAUUCUGUACCCCAAGGCUAUGUGUGAUUGGUUCACCCAAACUGGAUGUUGAAAGAAGAGAUGGAGGAAAAAGACCAGUAGAUUCCUUGUUUGUUAUGGCUCAGUCAGGGGUUCUGGUGGAAUAUGUGUUAGAACCUAGGGCUAAAUCUGUCAGUGACAAAGUGACCGAUGACUGUCUCCUAGAAUUGAAUGUUGUUGGGCGAAUGCAGUGGAAUGUCCAGAGGCUGAAGAAUUCACCAGAACUGAGACCACCGUUGCCAAGCAACAGUCCACUGAUUCUGGCACAUGAGGCUGUUGUAUCUCAGAUCCCUACUGCACCAGAUUUGUAUGAUUUACCAGGAUUAACGAGGCAGGACUCCAAGGACAGUCUUUCCUCUGAACAUAGUAGUAAAGAUGACAGCGAUGAGCAGUGGCUUUCACAGGUUGAGAUCAUCACUCAUGCAGGGCCUCACAGAAGACUGUGGAUGGGGCCUCAGUUUUCUUUCAAAACUUACCAGGAAAAUACGACUGUUCUAUCAUCUAAUUCCUCCUCCCUGCUAUCCCAGAGUCCCGAGUCCAAUAUGGCAGCCAUGGAUAUGAUGGGAGAUGAAGGUGAUCUUGAAAGUCUCAAGUUACAGCCAGCUAGAUCCAAUCCAGUGAGCAUGCCGAAUGCUCGACCAGCUUACAGACGUCUCUCUGGAAGUGACAGUCCAUCAACAGUGCAAACAGUUGGAGCACAGAGUGUGCCACUCUUGAUUGAAGCAGGAAGUUUUGAUCAGUCACCACACUUACUUGAUGUGUAUAGUAACUGGACAGAAUCAACUGUUGCUAAGCAACCAAGAGGCUCUGAUGACCUGGAAGAGGAUAGACUGAAAGAGACACUUGCAGAUGCUAUGGUAGAAUCACCCUGCAAAGAUCUAGAGAAACUGUCAUUGAGACACCAAGACAUUCCAAGAGCAAGUGCAAGUGUUAGAGCAGAAAAAGUGAGAGGUCAGGUUGAAAAGAAGAUUGCUGUAGAAAAAACUGAAAGUGGAGCAGUUAAUCAUAAGAAAAAAGAUGUUCCUGGAAAAGCAGAAGCUGAGAAGAUUAAAAGUAAUGAUGAAGAUGAGAAAGGAAAGCAGCCUGAAACAACAGCACCAAAGGACAAGAAGGGUAAAGGAAAUGCUGGGAAGCAAAACAAAACAGAAGUAAAGGUAACACCAGUAAAUGUUGUUGAAGUGCCAAAGUGUGACGAGGCAAAAGCAGAUGCAAAAAGGGUUGAAGUUGCUCCUAAUACAGGUAAAAAUGGUAGAAAGAAAGGAAACUCUAGAAAGUCAUUGGAUGCACAGUUCUCAAAUUCUAAUACAACUGUCAAAAAAGAGGAGGUAAAAUCUAGUUCAAGUGAUAUAGAAAUAGAGAAACAAGGUGAUAAGGUUGCUCAUGAUAAGAAGCCAGUCCAAAGCAAUCCGGAUGACUUAAAUGCUAAAGAUACUACUGCCGAAGUGAAAGAUGUGAAAUUAUCAAGUAAGUCUGGUACAUACGUUCAUGAUAAAAGUGACAAAGAUAACACAAACAAUUUUAAAUCCACUGCCAAAACUAUUGCAAAUACUGCCAGUAAAGAACAUGUUGAAAUUGCUGAAAGUACCUCAGAUAAACAAAACAUUAAGGAGGAAAAAGAUUUGAAGUUGGGGUCUGUUGUGAAAAAUGAACAGAAAACUGACAAGUCUGAUUUAGAGUUAGUUAAAACAAAUUUGUCAAAAGGAAACUUGAAAGUUGAAACAGAUGUUGCCAAGGAGAAUCUUCUUGGCAAGGAGAGGGAAGCUGACGAGGAAGAGGUAAAAGUGUCUGGUUCAGAAAGCCCAUCAAAAGGAAGGUCUAAAAAGAAGAAUAAAAAGCAGAAUAAAAAUGUCACUAGUGAAUCAUUGAAUGAAAAGUCAUCAAAUGGCGAAACAAAUGAAAUACGUAAGCAAUUUUCUUCAGCAAGUAUAAGUGAAAAAUCAGAGAUUAGUGGAAUAGGAAUUACUCCAGAAAUAGAAACUGAAUUGUAUCAAGAUUCUGCAGUUACUAAAAAAGAAAAUGUAUGUUCAGUUGCUGAAACUCCUGAUAUUCAGGAACCUGUUAAUAUUUCUGAUACUGAAAGUAAAACAGAAAAAGAAGUGCUGCAAGAAGAAAUAAAAGAAUGCACACUGAAUGUUGAAACACCUUCUAGUUUAUUAGAUCAAAAAUCAAGUAACACAAAGAUAAGCCAGAAUGAAAUUAUGUCUCUGGAUGGCCAGAUGAAAUCUGAAAAUACUCUUAUAAAAGUAGAUGAUCAGGAUUUGAAGGAGAUUACUUCUGAAUCUUGCAAAGCUCCAGUCGCAAAGUCUAGCUUUGAUACCUCUGCAAAAAGCAAAAGUAAGAAAAAGAAGAAAAAUGGAAAUGGUAGUGAGACAGAUUUGAUUGAAACAAAGAAAGUGGAGAUUAGUAACACAGAAAAGGAGAUAAGACGUGAAAAGACAGAAUUAAAAAAUGUUGAAAUGUAUGAAGAGAAAUUUAAUGCAAGUGAUGACAACUUAACAAGAAAAACUGAUGAACCUAAAGAAGUUAAGAAAAAACAAAAUUUGGAACAGGAAGAAAACAAAGUUAUUGUAAAAUCUACUGAUGAAGUUAAAUUCCAAAGUACUGAAAAUAAAGACAAAAAGCAGCCUUUAGAAGUAAAGUCACCUGUCACUGACAGAGAACCGAGGAAGUCAGAUGUCUUAGAUUGUGAUCAAGAAAUCUUUGAAGUCAAGAAUAAGAAAAAGCGAAGAAAGAAGAAAAAUGGGAUGGAAGAUUCACUUUAUGUUGAUGUGCCGAAUAAUACUGAAAAGCAGCUUCCUUUAGAUGUACAAGAAAAAAAUCCAUUUCAAGCUGAGGGAAAAGGAAGUGUUAGUACAACAAGUGUUGCAGAUUAUAAUUUUGUAAGUGAAGUCGCAAGUGAUAGUGCUGUACUUACCAGUGCCAAAAAUGGAUUGAUAGCCACAGAAGAUCAAAAACCUGUAAAGUCUUCCAUUAGUAAAGGAAUUGUUGAAGCAAAAAUGCUGAAAUCCACUGAAGUUGAAACAGAUAUGGAAAAAUCAACUAGAAAAGAUACACCUGUACAUAAUGAACUCAUAGAAAAUGUAAAAGAAACAGAGAAGGUAGCAAAUCCAGAAAAUAAAGAAAAUCUCAAUGAUGAUUUAGCUGAAGAAGAAAUGUUUGUGGUCCCAAAAAGAAAAAACAGAAAAAAGAAGAAAAGCGAAGAAAUAAAUCAUGAGUCUUCCAGAUCGUCUUCUGAGACUGAAAUCAUUGAAAGUAAGUCAGAAAAUAUUGAGAAAAGUAAUUCAGUUCAGAAAGUAGAUAGCAAAAAGAAACGUGCAGCAGAGGUAGAUGAUGACAAAGAAAAAGAGAAAGAGAAACUGGUAGUUAAGAACAAAACUGAUGAAACUGGUGAAAAUCUUGAUGAUAGUAGUUUGAGAAAGAAAUCAAAUGAAACAGUAGUAAAAGAAAGUUCUGAAGAUAAUUUGGUUAUAAAAUCAAAAGAGGAUGAAAAUGGGGAUGAAAUUGUUUCAAUAGAAGAAAAGAAAAUGGAAGAUUCUACUGAGUCAGGUUCAAAGUAUGAAACUGCUGAAUCAGCAGAAGAUGAUCCUUCUGCAUGGGAAAGGUUUGAAGAGUGUACAGAAGAGAAUGAAUCUGAACGUGAUACUGCUGUAGAAUCAAAUAGUAAUAUUUCAAAUGAAAAAAGUAAUGAACUUAUAGUAGAACAAGAUAUGAGUGCUUCCUCUAGAAAAGAUAAAUCAGUGGAACCUUUUGGUGGUGUAAGUAAGGUACAAAUGGACAAAGCAGUCAAAGGAAUUGAAAAACUCGAUUUAACUGAAUCUGUGAGAAAUGAGAAGACAAGUAAGAAUUCGAGCUCUCCUGAAGAAGAUGAAGCUCUUGUGUUGGGGAAUAAGGUUGAUAUGGGUGCAUCUGUAAUGGUUAUGUCAAUGUAUGAUGAAUCAGCCAGUAGUUCUAAUAGAAGUUCAGAAGAGCGUGAUGGAAUUGGAAAAGGGAAACAGGCUUCUGAGAAGGAAACAAAAAAUAAGAAGAAGAAAAGAAAGAAUAAGAAAUAGAAUUUUACCUUUAAUUUUAUAGACUAGAUAAGAUUCAACUGUAAAAUGAUACUGAAUGAAAUUUAAAGAGAAAAUUUACUAGUUAAAAUGAUCAAAGACACACAGAAGCAAAAGUGAUAAAUUUAACAUCUGACUUUGCUAGAAAAUUGUGAAAAUGCUUUAGAUAUUUUAUUGCUAAGCUUAUUUAUGUUAAUUAAGACACAAAUUCAACAUUAAUGUCCCAAUGCUAAAGCAUAAUAUAUAUGUAUAGUGAUAGAGCAGUAUUUGAUGUAAAUGUGUCUGUGUGAUAUUUAUACAAAUAUUAAUAUUUAUUUUUAAAUUAGCUGUAUGUUUGUAGUAGUUAUUUAUUAUUGGUAGGUGAAGGGUGCUAAUAAGAUAGAUAUUAAGCUUGCAUGUGGCUGUAAAAUCUGAUAGAUGUAACGUUUAAGCUGCCUUUUGUUUCUUACAAUGUUUAGAUAUUAAAUUAAUAUCUUAAUUGAUGUAAGAAUUUCAACACAGUAGAACUAGAAGGUAUUUUAAUUUUUAACCCCUCUUUUAAACUCUUUUCAAACACUUUCAGAAGUUUCUUUUUUUAGCUCACCUGUCACAAAGUGACAAGGUGAGCUUUUGUGAUCGCGCGGCGUCCGUCACCCGUCCGUCCGUAAACUUUUGCUUGUGACCACUCUAGAGGUCACAUUUUUCAUGGGAUCUUUAUGAAAGUUGGUCAGAAUGUUUAUCUUGAUGAUAUCUA